UUGCUCGCCCGGCGCCUGCGGAGGGAGCGGCGGCGGCGGCGGCGCGGGGGGAGCGGAGCCGAGCGCAGCCGAGCGGAGCGGCCGCCCGAGCGCCCGGGGCUCCCACCGCCCGCCGCGCUCCGACCAUUCCCGCCGGGCAGCCGCGAUGUGCGGGGGGAUGGCGGCGCGGGGUCCGGGCGGGCCGCGGUGCUGGCAGAACCGGCGGGCGCGGCUGCUGUGCAUGCUGGCACUCACCUUCCUGUUCUUCGUGGUGGAGGUGGCGGUGAGCCGCGUCACGUCGUCCCUGGCCAUGCUCUCCGACUCCUUCCACAUGCUCUCGGACGUGAUGGCCCUUGUCGUGGCGCUGGUGGCCGUGCGCUUCGCCCAGCGCACCCGCGCCACCAAGAAGAACACGUUCGGGUGGGUGCGGGCCGAGGUGAUGGGCGCGCUCGUCAACGCCGUGUUCCUCACGGCCCUCUGCUUCACCAUCCUGCUGGAGGCCAUCGAGCGCUUCACCGAGCCCCACGAGAUCCAGCAGCCGCUGGUGGUCAUCGCCGUGGGAGUGGCGGGGCUCAUCAUCAACCUGCUGGGGCUCUGCCUCUUCAACCACCACGGCGUCGGGGGCCACGGGCACGCCCACGGGCACGGGCACUCGCACGGCGCCCGGCAGCAGCACCCCCGCGCCGGCCCCAAGCCCGAGCCGCCGCCCGGGGACGGGGAGGCAGCGCUGCACCGCGAGGAGACCAGCACCUUGGUGGAGAACUGCAGCAGCUCCAACGGGGUCAGCCAGGAGAAGCUGGGUGAUAUGAAAGAUGACAUGGCUGACCUACAAGUGAACGGGAAUGCUGGCCAUUAUCCUCUGGAUGAAGAGGAGGUUGAAGAAGACUCUAGUGCGCAACUUAACAUGCGUGGAGUUUUUCUGCAUGUUUUUGGAGAUGCCUUAGGUUCAGUAAUUGUGGUAGUGAAUGCCUUGCUCUUUUAUGGGUUGUGGAAUCCAUGCCCUGAAGAUGGGCCUUGCUUUAAUCCAUGUAUCAAUAAUCAUUGCAUGGAAAAUGCUACUUUAUUCCAAACACUUGGGAGAGCUAACAAGUCUGAGCAAGAGGGCAUUACAGUGGCUGGUCCUUGCUGGUUGCUAUAUUUAGAUCCUGUCCUUUGUUUGAUUAUGGUCUGUAUACUCCUUUACACAACUUACCCAUUACUUAGGGAGUCAGCCCUUAUACUUCUGCAGACUGUUCCCAAACAAAUAGAUGUUCAUUCUUUGAACUCAAAGUUACGUACCCUCGAAGGAGUUGAAGCAAUCCACGAAUUACACAUUUGGCAACUAGCAGGCAGUAGGAUCAUUGGCACUGCUCACAUCAAGUGCCCUGACCCUUCCACGUACAUGAUGGUGGCAAAGCGCAUUAAAGAGAUCUUUCAUGACGAAGGGAUUCACGCAACUACCAUUCAGCCUGAGUUUGCCAGCGUUGGCUCUGAAUCGGGGAGAGGGAAAUGUGAGUUGCCUUGCAGGACUCAGUGUGCUCUGAAGCAGUGUUGCGGAACAGGGGAAGAUAGUACUGCAAAGAAGACAGAAAAAUCUUCAUCACUUAGUAUUUCUUGUUCGGAAGUUGUCAUUGAAUUUCCAAAAACGAGGAGGACUAAGUCGGAGAGCAUCCCUUCAGUGAAGCUAGAGGCAAACACUGAUCAAAAUGAGCAAUUUGAGUCAUCUUUGUAACUCCCCGAACGGUGCUACCUGAGUUGUGGUAACUUUGUCAACAGCUGUGUUGCAAGAGGAAGAGACAGAUGUUUUGAGUUGCAAUUUUGCCAAGUAGUGUAAUUGCUGAAGUCCUUGUUCUUGUCAUAUUGCUAAAUAUAGAAUGCUUGUUUUAAAGAAUAUAAUGUCACUGUCAUGAUACAAUGUGUUUGUGUUGACUUUGUUUGACUGAGACAGACAGAAAGUGCACCUAUGCUGUAACAACUUCAGAAAACCAGUUUCAACAUUUCAGCAGAGACACUUUUUGCUGUGCUUCAAAUUAAGAUUUUUUUUUUUUAAGUGAAAAGGUAUUUGAGGGAUAAGCAUGUAGGAACUCGAUUUGUGUUACAUAUUUCUUGGACCUACUUUUUCCUUUAAUAUUUGAUUUGUAGAUGUUUUAAUAUAUUGUUUAUUUAGAAGCCCUAAGAAAACCAAAGUUCAUAGAACAUUUUAAAAGAGAAAGCUACUAAAAACUGGAAACCACUUUGCAGUUUCACAUAUUUUUCUUAAAGCUAUGUAAUAAUAAUAAAUGUGAAGGCUUUUCAACUGAA